UUAAGCAUCACAGUGUUUGUAAAAUAGAAAUAGAAAUCCAUCUGAUGUCUCAGAAAGGGGAAAUUCUAAUACAGUAAUACAUUGGUAGUGAUUAUCAACUGUUUUUCUUAUUACUCCUUAUUCCUUUCCAUCAUCCUCUGCUCCCUCUUUUAGGUGCUAAUAUCUGGAUCACUUAAUGCCAUUACAGACGUCCAAGUGGCUGAAAUAUUUAUUGUCAGGGAGAAUUUCAAUUCACUGCUCCUGAAAUGCUGUAGCCUGCCAAGAAUUACACCCUGAUAGUGCUUUAAAUUUGUAAUAUUCCACUGACAGUGUGCUGAUGAGGUCACUUUGACAUAGAGAAAUAACCAUGUUUUUACCCAUUAGAAAAACAAACCGCACAAAAAUACGCUACUUGUGAUAGACUUCUAUUUCUAACUGCACUAUGCUGCCAUAAAAAUAAUCUAUAAUUUUCAUUGUAUGUAAACUUGAGUUUUCAGCUCUAAUGGGUUUUGAAUGAUGUCACUGUUUAGAAAACUAAACCCCAAAACAUCUUAAAAGAUUUGGCUCUGUUAAAUAUUUGCUCACAGCUUUGAUAAGCAUUGUAUUCCUUAGAACAAAAGAGCUUUUCUCUCUGUGUGAGACCAUGAUUAUAUGUUAGGCAAAAAAUACAUUGAUUCUCAAAAGUUUGAACAUUGAACUUUUUACAUAAUCAAUAAUCUGGUGUACCCCUUACUUUCUGCUGGCUGUUGGUUGUCUUCAUUUAAAUUUUGAGAAUAAAUACUUUCUUAUGUAACUCAAUGUUACCAAAUUGGGUGCUUCUUUCUUCAAAAAUAUUAUUAAACAUCACUAAAUUGUCACAAUAUUACACAUUUGUUGAGCAGAACCACAGUGAAGUCAUUAAGAAGCUUACAGGCGUUCUGUCAGAUUAGGGUUUUCUCCUUCUAAUCCUGUAGAUUACCACUGCACAGCCUGCUGGCUGUGAGUCCUCCGUUGCGCUGUGCAGGUUCUUUACAUUGAUAUAUAUAUUUUUUUGUAGCCACCACAUCGAUGAAUUAAGUUGACUAAGAUGGAUGCAAUCUGUUGAGGAGAGGUCAAAGGUAGGCGGAAUUGCAGAUUUUGCAGGUGGGAGAAAGCUUUAAAAACAUCAUAUGUGACUGGGUAAAGCAGGAAUGCAUUGUGAGGUGGAUUAUCCAAAACACAACAUGGAUUCCUAAAUGUUUUUAUGGAGAUCUAUUUUCUUGUCUAAACAAAGAAUAGGUGCUGGUGAGAGCAACAACCUUGCACCUCAGUGGGUCAUCGACUGAGCAAAUAGGAUCAUCUCUUCUUGGGACUACUGCAGAUGGUCUCCAUCGCUCAGUGAAAUGGAGACAGAGCCAUGUUGUGAAGAGCAGAGGGAUGGUGUGUUGGAUCCCACAGAGCCUGAAGUAGCGGAAUGCGUUUCUGAACCUGCAGACUGCGAUCAUCUGAACAAACUGCCUUGUGGGCCUCCAGAACAAGGUGAAGAACUCUGUAGGAAAGACCCAUCUGAUAUCGAGAACCAUGCAGUAGAGAGUAAAGACACAGAGAUAAAAAGCUUAUUCAGCUGCAAGCAAGAGAGAGAACAAGCAGAAUGCAAGGUAAAGAAAAAACUGAAGAAAACAAACAGCUGGAAGAUGGUCCGGUUUCAAGACCCCUCGACAGAAGAGGAUGUUGUGGAGAGGGACAGCUCAGCAGAGAUUCUCUUUCCAGAACACGCUGUGGAGGAAUGGACAUGUGCUCAGUUUGAGGAGCUUUUCGCGGCAGAGGACUGGGAGAACAUCACUGAGGACCGGCUGUUGAGGAAGAAAAUUCUGGAAUCAGGAGACCAACAGGUCCUGCGCUCCACCUGGGGUCAAGAAGUCACUGUGAAGAUGCAGGGUGUUCUUGAGGACCGGACUGUGGUGGAGAAGGACUGCAAACUUGUCUUUGUUAUCGGAGAGGGAGAUGUAAUACAGGCUCUAGAGGAGUGUGUCAUGUCCAUGCAGAAGGGGGAGAUCACAUUACUGCUGGCUGAUUCUCAGUAUGCCUAUGGACUUCUGGGAAGAGAGCCUGACAUCCCAGCAUGGGCUCCACUACUCUACCAACUGCAGCUGCUGGACAUCAGAGACAAACCGGACCCGGAAACUCUGCCCAUCGCUGACCGCAUCCGCAUUGGCAACCAGAAGAGAGAGCGAGGAAACUUUCACUUCCAGAGAGAGGAGUACAGCCUGGCUGCCAGAGCUUAUUAUGUAGCUCUGGAGGUGCUGACCACACGCAGCCAAGAUGGUAAUGAUGUUGGCAUGAAGGAGGAGGAGGAAGAGGUGCGGGAAUACCGAGUGAAGUGUCUGAACAACCUGGCCACCGCUCAGCUCAGACUGGAGCAGUUCAACGAGGCACUGCACACCAGCCGGGACGUCCUGACCCUCCAGCCCAACAACGUCAAGGCCCUUUUCAGGACCGGAAAGCUGCUGUCAGAUAAGGGUGAAUACAAAGAGGCCAUGGAGGUGCUAAAACAGGCCUUGAAACUGGAGCCAACCACCAAGGCAAUCCAUGCAGAAUUGUCCAAACUUGUCAAGCGACAAUCAGGAGGCAAAGAGACGCAACAGUGGAGAGUCAAACCAGCAAAGGUGCUCGGAGAUGAUAUCACACCAUUCCUUAUUCCUUCUAAGAAAAAGUCUCCAGGACUUUCCUGGAAGUUCAUUCUGGGAGCUCUGGUGGUGGCAUUGGGCAGCUUGGUGACUUCUGUGAUUAUGACUGCAAGAAACUAAAAAUCCUCAGCAGGAAGAAAAAAUAUGUGAUUCACU